CCCGCCGCCGCCGCUGCUGCUUUCCAUUCCAGGCUGCGGGCAGCUCUUGGCGGCAGUCGUGCGGCUCCUGCGGUCCGUGUCUGGGGGCUGCCAGCUGUGGAUGUGACCGGGCGGACGCGGUGACUGCUCCGGUGACCCGCAGCCUCCCGCACUGACUCUCCUAUGUCUGCGGCAUAAUGGAAACAAUGGGCUUACGAGGCAAGGGACAGGAGACUGUGCAGCCCGAAGAGGAGGAGGUGGACCCCAGAAUCCAGGGAGAAUUGGAGAAGCUCAAUCAGUCAACAGAUGAUAUCAACCGGAGGGAAAUUGAACUUGAGGAUGCCAGACAGAAGUUCCGCUCUGUGCUGACAGAAGCCACCCUGAAACUGGAUGAGAUGGUGAAAAAAAUCGGAAAAUCUGUGGAAGAUUCCAAACCAUAUUGGGAGGCCAGGAAAGUGGCCAGACAGGCUCAGUUAGAAGCACAGAAAGCAACGCAAGAUUUCCAACGUGCCACAGAGGUUCUCCGAGCAGCCAAGGAGACGAUAUCCCUCGCAGAACAGCGGUUGUUAGAAGAUGACAAGAGGCAGUUUGAUUCUGCUUGGCAGGAGAUGCUGAACCAUGCCACACAGCGGGUUAUGGAAGAAGAGCAGAAGAAGACUCGUAGUGAACUGGUUCACAAGGAAACAGCUGCUAAAUAUAACGCAGCCAUGGGAAGAAUGAAGCAAUUAGAGAAGAAAUUAAGGAGAAGCAUCAACAAAUCCAAACCCUAUUUUGAAAUGAAGGCAAAGUAUUACCUGCAGCUUGAGCAACUGAAGAAAACUGUAGAUGACCUUCAGGCCAAGCUUUCCCUGGCAAAGGGUGAAUACAAGACUGCUCUGAAGAAUCUUGAGAUGAUUUCUGAUGAGAUACAUGAGCGGAGGCGAUCUUCAGCUAUGGGCCCCAGGGGACGUGGGGUCGGAGCCGAAGGCAGCAAUUCAGUGGAAGAUCUCUCAGCUUGCAAACUGGAAUCAGACACAGUUUCCAUGACCUCUGAGGUGUUUGAAGAUGAUAAUCUCAGCAGUUUGGUUUCAGAAGAAGACUCUGAGACUCAGUCUCUAUCAAGCUUUAGCUCUGGCCCAACAAGUCCUUCAGAAGUUCUGAGUCCUUUUCCUCCUGCAAACCGGCCGGGCAGCUUAGAUUUAUCAAGCCCCAUGUCUCUUUCUGAGUUUGGGCUGAUAUCGCCUAUUCUUGGUCCCCGAAGUGAAUGCAGCGGGGCGUCCUCUCCCGAGUGUGAUUUGGAAAGAGGCAGUCGGGCAGAAGGGUCAGAAAGCAAAGCCCAAGACAGAAUAAAUAACAACAGCAGCAGUAACAUUAUUAAACCUAGAGCUUUGUCUGUGCUCGAUAACAAGAUGAAGCGACUGUCUUUGGAGUGUGCAGACCAUGAAAGCAGCACAGACACAAAGAAAUGUACGCGCUCUCAGUCCAUUGCUCCACCAGCGCUGGUCAAUCCAGUGUGAACAAUGUGACAUACGGAUUACAGAGCAGACUGCCUGUGCCAACAACUCUCUCUCCGCACAUGCUGUGCCUACUGCUGGGAUGUAACCUGGUUUGAAGGAUGGAUGCGUAGCAUGAGCCGGUGUGAUGAAGCAAGUACAGAUGGCUUUGGCAGCAGGCAUCUACUCUGUUUGCUGCCCUAAUUCACCAUAUAUCUAGGAAUUAGGGCCGAAAAGCAAGAUAUCGAUUAAUUACAGCAAUAAUUGAGACAAUGCAUCUGAGAGUCUUUGCCAAAUGGGAGAAAUCCCAAAAUGAGCGUUAGUAGCAAGGUUUUUCUGUUUCUCGAGUCUUUGCUAUAUAUGACUGUGUUCUUGAGUGGUGAAGCCGAGAUUCUGCUGUCCAGUGUAUAAUAUGCACCUACGUCUCCCAUUGAAUGUCGUGUAAUGUGAAGUAAGCAUUUAUUAUAGAAAUCAUUUUCUUAAACUUGAAUCUGUCUAGAUCUACAUAGAUCCCAUUAUUCAUCUUUGGUCCUGAGCACUUUCUUCGAGUACUUGAUUUAUAUCAGUAUUUAUCACCAGCUGUUAGUUCGCCAAGAAGACUAGCCAUAGUCAUCUGUGAAGCCAUUGAAGUAGAUAUAGUUAGAGCAGCAUUUCAUGUACCAGUGUUAAACAAAAGUACCUUGGAGUGAACUGCGCCAAUAAAAGCUCUCAAUAAAU